AUUUAACAUUUGCUAGUAAUAUUUUUUGUUGAAUCAAUUUUUAUGGUUGUAAUCAAUUGUCAGAGUAUUCAGCUUUUAGAGAUAGUUAAUUAUAAAGUUAUAUUACUUAAAUUCUUUUUGAUGCUAUAGUUUAACUAUUUUUAAUGCUGUAGUAUACAUGGUAUAUAACUUUACUCCAUUGUAAUUAUGAAAAUAACCUUCAUAUAACAAUAUUCAAUAUAAUUGUUGCAUUCAAACUAGAACACAUAAAAUGAGAAAAAAUGGGGCCAUCAUCCUAUAAUGUUUUUUUGUUUUUCUGAUUGUUAAGAUUGAACUUGUUUUUUAUAAAUAUUACAACGUUAAACGUAUUAUAUACAACUGGAAUAGAAUUUAAUGAAGUUUGUCUUUAAUUUCACGAGAAUUCUUUAGACAUGUGAUACGUCGGAUUAUCUACUUCGUCUCAAUGCUACAAAAUUUUAUUAUUGAUAAGAACGUUUAAUACGAAACUAUCUUACUUUAGUGUUACACAACAUUAUGCAAACACCGUAUAUACAAAAUUGCAAUGGGUAAUACUUUUUUCUUUUACUUUGAGAAAAAUCAAUGAGCUCACACUCUGACAAUAUUACACAACGUGUGUUUUAAAAACGAUUAAAUAUAUUGGUGCUGUAAUUGUUUACUGAGUCGUCAUAAAAAAUAAUUCAUUUGAAAUUUGGUUGAACGUACCGUUCUUGAACUAGCUGUGGUACAGGUUGCCUGUAAAUUUUAUAAACGUUUUUCCGUCCUCGCGUACAGGAUUGAUGACGCACUUGCAACUUACCGUGUUCAACUUUUCCUUAUUAUAUUAGGAAAAUAUCGAAUCUCUCGCGCUGACGCACGCAGAACCAGUCCUAGAAACACGGAUAUUAUCCCAUAACGAUCAUUCUCACCCAGUUGACAUCGUCGCGUCAGCAUUUUUCGGCGCGUCGUGGAACCGGGAAACUGCACCGGAUCGCCAAUUGAAAAAAAGUUAUUCAAGGUCGACGCGCGCACGCUCGAGAUGCGCAAAGGAACGUAAACGGCCCAUCGAAGGUUCUUUCCGCUUUCGAGUGCGCCGCGGCGCAACGUAUAUUAACUUUGAAAAUCAUUAGAGCGCGAACAAUCGACGAAGGUCGGAUGGUCAAUUCGAGAGGAGAGCUUCGGCUAAUGGAUGUAAUUGCACCGCGGAGAGGUGAAGUGAAAUAAAAGAGUAGAAAAGGAUUAAGCUUCCGCGACUUUUGCACGGCGACCUUCGCGGAGUUUCUGCGAUCGAUGCUGUCGUAAGGAUGCGGGGGCUAUAUUUCUCCUUUGGCUCCUUUGAAAGCCAGAUUUUCACGCGAAAACUCGUCCGUGCAGGCGACAAGGAUGGAAAUCGGUCAGCGAAUCGGUUUGAGAGCAGGCGAACAUAGCGCGACGUGCGUCUUGCCUGAUCGAUCUCAGCUUAAUUGAUACGAUUACAGAUCAAUAGAAAAGUCUCGAGUACUCCGAUUCCCCCAACGAAGUGAUUAUAAUAAUAAGCACGCUUCCUAUGCUCGGCUACCAACCAAUCAUUCAGAUUAAUUUCGAAACUCAUCAGCGUAGAUUCUGUUGAAGUGAAAAACUACUGGCGUGUAUGCGCAAUCGAUGAGUGGUUAGUACAACGAGCGACAUUGAUCGUCGACAUACCACAGAAACCCAAGAUCACGGCAUGCAUUUUCACGAUGAAAUGUAGCAACGUUCAUGGGUCUGACUAGAAAUGGUACAGGAAGCGAAGUCGAUAGAAAUAUUGCGCAACAUUAUUCGCGAGCCGAGUUACACGAGCUCGUCGCUGUACACGCAGGAUAUCCAUGCAAAGAAAGCGACGUAUCUUUAGCGAGUGGCGAGUUGCGUUAGGUCCCUCCGCGAAGUGCAGCCAGGAAAAAAAAUAUAAGUAAUUGGCGGGCAGGGCUGUCCCGAUUGUUCGUACUUUGGUUAACGAACCAAAUUUUCGAACGCGAUUCUUAUGAAAUUCUAACUUUUUUUUCUCCCGGAGCAACCCACGCGUCGCUUCGAGUAUACGCGCUCUUUAGCCGUCCGACGAGAUCGAACGACGCACACUAAUGCCUUCGCCUGUUUUCUUUUUUCAAAAUCCCACGCACGUGGUCGCAUCAACCGUGGGGGCCAAGCAACGUGGAGCCAGCGGAACAGAGCAAAGAGCCCAACGAAUGCCAGAAGUUGUCGACCUGGGAAAUGCGUUGCAAUGAGAUGGAAAGUUGAGCGGAGCCCGACGACGAGAACGGCAAGCCUUGCGGCGCGAAUGGACGCGCGACUGUCGGAAGAUCGAGCCGAAAGUCAUGGGAAGUCUUGAGAUUAGAUUUGGAGCGUUAAUCGAACGAUCGUCGUAGACACGACUUCGCUGUGUCUUCGCCGUGCGAAUCAACGGCAUUUUACAAAAUUGCAAAUUUCGUUUGUGCAUUUAGAAAUCAAAACGCCUUGCGAAUGGUUUUCGCGAAAUGUUAUUCAAAACCAUCGUAAAUCGUUUUCUCUCGAUGAUCAGUUUCAAGAUGUCCGUGACCGUGACGAGAAAAGGAAGAAAAGCAAAAUCUUGCGAAAAAUAGAAAUUUCAGUUCGCCGUCGGCCCGCAAGAGUAAGGUCGACGAUUCGCCGAAAGAGUGUAAAAAGUGGCAUUGGGAUUCGGCGGGAAAAGGAAAAAAAAGCACGAAACCGCAGGCACCAGGGUCACGUUCUUGUCCGCAGCUGGGGACCGCGGGGAAGCAUCGUCAGCGAGAGAAAUCGCGCGAACCGCGCUCGCGUAGUUCCGCCGAGCGCGGAGCAAGCCCGUCCUUGCCACUUUCGCGGCAUAGGUAUAAAGGAAGCGGCGCGAGGUGAAGGCGCGCUCAGACGGAUAACGGCCGGCGAGGCGCGAGGAUGCCGGAGACGCAGCAAGCGCAACUGCCCGCGGCGGAGGCGACGCCGUCGCAGGACUCGGACGGCGGCGGGUCGUCGUCGUCGUCGCCGCCUGGCCGCGAGCUCGCCGCUGACAAGGCGCACCUGAGCGAGGACAGCGACGAGGGCUGCUGCGCGAUGGAACGCGAGGCCAACUUCGCCAGCCUGCCCACCAGGGAGGCGCACGAGAAGUUCAUACGCGACGCCGUCGACCUGAUCAUCGCCGAGGCUGUGUUCGAGGGCACGUCGCGGAAGAGCCGGGUGGUGGAGUGGGUGGAGCCGGCGUCGCUGCCCGCGAGCGUGGACCUGGCGCCGCGGCAGCGCGGCGAGUCCCACGAGUCGCUGCUGCGCCUGGUGAGCGCGGUGAUACGCUACAGCGUGAAGACCGGCCACCCGCGCUUCGUCAACCAGCUGUACUCGAGCGUCGACCCCUACGGGCUGGUCGGCCAGUGGCUGACGGACGCGCUCAACCCGUCGGUGUACACGUACGAGGUGUCGCCGGUGUUCUCGCUGAUGGAGGAGAGCGUGCUGAGGGAGAUGCGCCGCGCCGUCGGAUGGCCCGACGGCGAGGGCGACGGGAUCUUCUGCCCCGGCGGCUCGAUGGCCAACGGCUACGCGAUCAACCUGGCCAGGCACUGGAUGUUCCCCGAGGUCAAGGAGGAGGGCGUGACCGCGGUGCCCAGGCUCGCGCUGUUCACCUCCGAGGACGCCCACUACUCGGUGAAGAAGCUGGCCGCCUUCCUCGGGCUCGGCAGCGCCAACGUGCGCUGCGUGCGGGUGGACGAGGCCGGCAGGAUGCGCGUGGACGAGCUGCGGCUGGCGGUGCGCCGCGCCGUCGACGAGGGCGCGCGCCCGCUCAUGGUCUCGGCGACCGCCGGCACCACCGUCCUCGGGGCGUUCGACCCGCUGCGCGACAUCGCCGAGGUCUGCCGGCGGCACCGCAUGUGGCUACACGUGGACGCCGCCUGGGGCGGCGGCGCGCUCAUGUCGCGCAAGCACCGGGCGCUGCUCGACGGCGUCGAGCUGGCCGACAGCGUCACCUGGAACCCGCACAAGCUGCUCGCCGCGCCGCAGCAGUGCUCCACCCUGCUGACGAGGUGCGCGCUCGCCGACCGACCGACCGACCGACCAGGCCGCCGACUGACCACGUUGCUUCCUCUCCGCAGGCACAAGGACCUGCUGCAGUCGGCCCACGGCUCGAAGGCCACCUACCUCUUCCAGCAGGACAAGUUUUACGACACGAGCUACGACCUGGGCGACAAGCACGUGCAGUGCGGUCGCAGGGCCGACGUGCUCAAGUUCUGGCUCAUGUGGAAAGCCAAGGGCAGCGCGGGUCUCGAGCAGCACGUCGAGAGGGUCUUCGAGCUGUCGCGCUACUUCGUCGGGCUCAUCAGGCAUCGAAACGGAUGGGACUUGCUGCUGGAGCCCGAAUGCACCAACGUCUGCUUCAGAUACAUUCCGCCGUCGAAGAGACACUUGCAAGGCGACGAACUGAUGAAGGCCAUGCACACGGUGGCGCCAAUAGUGAAGGGGCGAAUGGUGAAGAAAGGCUCGAUGUUAAUAACGUAUCAACCGAUCAGAGGCCAACCGAACUUCUUCAGGCUCGUUCUUCAAAAUUCCGGACUAACUGAAGCUGACAUGCACUUCUUCGUUGAAGAGAUCGAGAGGCUCUCCGACGACCUGUAAUCGACCUUGUUUUCUGUUUCUUUUUGUGAUAACAGUUGAUUGUGAAACGUCGGUGCCAUUAGACAAAUUGUACAUAAUUAUCGGCACGAGACAUUAGAGAAUGUUUUUUUUUUUCUUUUAAAAAUGAGAUGUAGAUAAAUUUACGAGCUUAUCUAGACGUUGCGUUGUUAUAUUAAUGUUAUAUUGAGAAACAAAUCGUCGAUAUUUAGAAAGUCACGCUCAAUAAAAAGAAGAAAAGAAAAAAUGUUGAC